AUGUCUCGCCGCCACGAAUACUUCUAUAACGACCCUUACGACCAUCACGACCCUCAUGAUGCCCUCGACUAUGAACGCCGCCGCCCGUCAUCGCGGUCGCGGCACAGGGGCGACAGGUUUUCCCGUGCUCUCGAGCAAGGCUACGUCCACGAGGCCCGAGAUAUCGCCAAAUCCGUGCUCCUGGAGCGUCGCCCCGAGCGCGGCACCCACCGAGAACAUUACGGCCGUCGAGGUAGAAACAGUACAGCCCGCGGCGAGGAGAGGCGCUUCACGUACAACCAGGACCCGGAAGCGCGGCCGCGAAGAUCAAGGUCGGUGGACGUGCGCGAGGGGCUCGACGACUAUCACCAUCGCGAGCAUUUACACCACCCUGAACUUCGUCGCCGAUACUCCAGCACCGGGAGGCCCGGCGGGAAUCCUUUUGCCGAGGCGGCAACGGCCGCGGCAGCGGCGGGCUUGUUUGAGGCGGUUCGGGCGCGGCACAACCCGAACCGGUCAACGCGCGCCGUCACGGCCGCCGUGGGUGCGGCAGCGGUGGAUGCGCUCGUUAGCAAGGGGGAAGAUCGCAAGCAAGGGAGGCACAUCGUUGAGAGCGCCAUUGGUGGCUUGGCCAUCGACCGCAUAGCGAAUGGCUCCUCCAAAAGGGUUUCAGGUUAG